AUGAAUCUCUGCGCGAACACUAGACACAUCGCUUUCGCCGCCGUCCUCGGCUACGCCUCCGCCGGGCUCAUCGCCCCCCUGGUCUACGGUGCCAACGCUGGUGACGUCCAGGCCGCCGCCAUCGACGCCACCGUCGCCGCCCAGGACACCGUACGUGCGAUCGGUGAAGGCCAGGCUCGCGCCGUCGAGGCCUCCCGGGACCUCCACGAGAACGCCUACUGGGGAAGCGUAGCCGCGUCGCAGAACUAUGUAGCCGCCGCCCAGUCCCAGGCCGCAGCCCUUAACGGUGCCGCAGCUGCCGUCCGCGCCGCACACCUGGCCGCCCCCGCCGUAGCACCCCUCGGCUACGCCGGUUACGGACUCCGCUCCGCCUACGGACUCGCUCCUUACGGACUCGCUCCUUACGGACUUGGCCUCCACGCUUGG